AUGCUGGGCUUAACAGUGAUAUAUGUACCCCCGGAGGGUAACGACCUCAGUGCAGACGAUAAGGAAUUGCUGAAGAGGAUGGAGGGUGUGGUGGCACAUUGGACCACUCAGAUCAGAAUCGCUGUAUCGGACCAGGAACAAGCGACGCCGAAUGAGUUAUUGUGUCUCCACGACGAAUACGACUUUUGGGUCUAUCGUUAUGACAAUUUGUGCGGUCUGGACUACCAACUUCAGAACCCCACGGUGAAGAACAUAACAGAGUUUCUGCUGCUCGGUCACUCGACGUACGUGCGACAGUUUUUAACCCUGAAAGAUGAGAUCGAGCAAGGUGCGAAGGAAGCAAGAUCCAAUAUAAAAUAUCUACGAAUUUUGGUGGAGCCUUCGGAAGAAUUAAACAAGUGUACCCAUCCUGCGGAGAUCCAGCAACAUCUGAUGAAUAUCAUGCACCUGUUCAGGACUAUCUGGCUGAACUCACCGUAUUACAACAACUACGAGAGGAUUCAGAACCUGUUCAAGGCGCUCAGCAAUCAGAUCAUCAUCCUGUGUCGAAAUUAUGUCGAUCUGAAGCAACUGUUUGCGGGUCAGACUAGGAUGUCCAUGAAGAAGCUGAAGGAGUGCAUCGACGCCUGCGAGAAUUACAAAUUGCUUUAUGAUAAAAUAGCGCACGCUCACAAUAUUCUGACGCACGUACCAUGGGAUUUAGACAGGGACAAUAUAUUUCGUCAUACUGAUGUUUUCAUCAGCAGGUGUCACGAUAUGAUUGAAAUCUGUCAGGCGAUGAUCGAUUUUGCAAGAAUGGACGAGACUGUGGAAGUUAUGCAACCAAUAUUCAGCGGCACGUUGGGCGAGGAACACGAGAGGGUGUGUCAAAAGAUCGAGAGACUGUUUCGCCAGGCGCUGAAACAAAUCGAGCAAAACUCGCACAGGAUCUUGGACGUUCACUACGCGUUGUGGCACGACGACAUAGUUGCUUUCCGUACGGAGAUGAAGGAUCUCGAGAUCAUGAUCGAGAAUCUGGUGGCCACGGUUUUCUUGAAGAUGAACAACGUGCAGGAAGCGAUCGAGGAUCUGCAGGGAUUUCAUAAUUAUAUGAAUCGGGAGAACUUGAAGAGUCUUUUUGAAUUGAGGACCGUCGAGAUAUGGAAACUCUUCAGCGACGAUAUCCAACGAACAAAGGAGGAAGUCCUGGCUGAACGAGAGAAAUAUCCUUCGAUGACCCCAUAUUACGCGGGCAGAGCACUGUAUCUUAAACUGAAAGCCGCUCAUCUGCUGUGGAUCAGAGAAUUACUGGAGGAAGCCGCGUGGAUGCCUUACUGCGGCUACAGCGUGGAGGUCUACGACCAACACGACACUCUUAUGAAAACGAUCGAAGACUUCGUCGCCGACAUAUUCCAUCAAUGGGUGCACCAAGUGGGCGAUAAUCCUCGAGCACGGCUCGAUCGGUUUCUGAUGCGACGCAGCAUCACGAAUUACGGAUUGCUCGAGUGCAACAUCGAUCCGGCCAUUUUGAACUUGUGCCGGGAAGCUACCUAUUGGGACUACAUGAAGUUCGGUCUCCCGGUUCACAUUCAGAUCGUUUUCGAUAAAUGGAACAGCCUGUACUUUGCUCUCGAGGGUGUCAUCGCUGUGAUUAUCGGAUACAACAAAGCUAUUCGAGCAUUGUCCGCUACGGAGCGGGAUCUGUUCCGUGAGCUAAUUCGCCAGGUAGACAGGAAGAUCAAUCCCGGAUUAGGCAGGCUGACAUGGAACUCGGAAUACGUGGACUCAUAUAUCGAGGAUUGCUUGAACCAAACGGCAAAUCUGCAAAACUUCAUCGAUGUUUACAAGGAAUCGAACUCCGAGAUUAUGAAGAUAUGCGAGAACAUUUGUGGCACCAGCAUGAUCAAGAUCAGACCGAACUACACCUACACCUUGCAGCAAUUGAGCGAGGAGUUAAUUAAGGGCAGGGACGAGGCGUUUGCAGAGCUGAGAGAGAAACAUAGACAGAUAAUUCAACGUAUCGUGGUUGUUUACGAUGGCUUCAGAAACGUUAUAGAGGAUACACUCGAGGAGUGGAAGAACUACUUGAACAGGAUAGACGUGCUGAUUAGCGAGUCCUUUAGAUUAUGUAUCAGGGGAUCCUUGGAGACCCUGUUUAAUGCUCUUCACGGGGAUGGUACCACACCACCGUCGCCACUCAUUUUGGUUCAUAUUGAUCUCGUUGAUAAUAAGAUAACUUUCAAUCCCGAUCUAACAGAGGUCACCACCCUAAUGUCGACAGUCUUCGACAACCUCCUGGAACCUGUAAAAAAGCUACGUCGACUAGUAUACAAGUUUCGAUUGACCUUAAACAUUCCUGACUUUUGGAAAUAUUACGAGACAGAUGCAGAUCUCCUGAACCUUCAACAGAAACUCAACGAUGAGGUGAAUUAUUGCUUCCUUCAAGUGCAAAGUUAUCUGAAGUCCUGGGAACCCUUUCAGGAAGUGUGGGAGGUUAACCGAGAAAUGUUUCUGCAGAGGUACGAGAAGCUGAAACCGUCGGCACAGUCUUUCGACUCAGACAUCGUUAGGUACUUGAUAAUCGCCAAUAACGUCCAAGCACAGGACACGGUGAUGACCGUGCACUUUCUGGACGUGAAUGCGGAUGGAUUGAAGGGAGCCAUUGUGGAAGAGUGUUAUAUCUGGCAACAGAAAUUGAUGGCACUUUUAUUGAAGCAAACGGAGAACAUGAUGAACCACGUUUAUCACUACAUUGCUGAAAACUCGAAGAAAAUCCAGAAGGAGCCUACGGAUCUGGUCAGCAUGCAAUAUUCGAUGCAGUUAUACCAGAAACUGGUCGCCGAGAUCCCUCAGGAGGAAGCAGAGUUCCCCAAAAUCCAGGAGCAAUACGAGACUUUGCAAAAAUACGAGGUGCCCAUGUCGUUCGACUUUAGAAGAAAGUUACAUGACAUUCCACCUGCCUGGAAGGCCUAUUUGGAGGUGCUUCGAACGUCCGAAGAAAUGCUGCUGGAAAAGAAGGAAGAGUUCAAGAAGAUACUACUGGAUGACACGUCGAUGUUCAAAGAUGAGGUGACAGCACUGGUUGCCAAGUUUGCUGACACUGGUCCAUUUACGUCAGAUUGGAUUGCCAAAGAUGCAUUCUCCUGGUUAGCACACUUCCGUCGAGAAAUCACGUCCCUGAGAAAGAGGGAGAGUAAUCUGAAGAUGCAAUUGGCGUUGUUUGGCAUUACUCACCCCGACUACGCCGAAUUUAAAGAUCUGGAAAAGGACGUCAACGCAAUCGAGCUGGUGUGGGAGGUCACUAACGAAUGGAACCAAGCAUGGGAGAGAUACAGAACAGAGAACUUUUGGGAGAUCGAGAUGGAAGAUAUGGAGAACACUGCGAAUGUGCUCUUUAGAAAGCUGAACCGGCUUUGUAGAGAACUUAAAGAAAAGAAUUGGGAGAUUGUUGAGCACUCGAGAACGCGUGUGGACCAGUUUAGACGUACCCUUCCUUUGAUCACCGAUCUGAAGAACCCAGCAAUGAGGCCACGGCAUUGGAGAAGGGUCAAAGAUACCGUCGAUCGCGAAUUCGACGAGACGUCGGAAGAGUUCACCCUGGAGGCCAUCGCUGAAAUGCAGUUACAGAACUUCGCUGAGCAAAUUAACGAAAUUUCGUAUUCGGCUACAAUGGAACUUGCUAUCGACAUUGGACUGCAAAACAUUAGCAAGGUCUGGGCCAACAUGCCAUUAGAAAUGGUACCUUACAAGGACAAAGGAAUAUACGCGCUAAGAAGCAUAGAAGAGAUAGUACAAGUACUCGAAGAACACCAGACGCAACUUUCUGCCAUGAAGACGACAAGAUUCGUUGAACCCUUCGCAGCGGAAGUCGAUUAUUGGGAACGGACGUUGUCAACCAUAAACGAGAUCCUAGAACAGACUCUGCUGAUUCAACGAGGAUACAUGUACAUGGACAAUAUAUUCACCACGGAAGACAUCAGGAAACAAUUACCCAAAGAAACCGACCAAUAUGAUAAAUUGACAAAACUGUGGACCGAAAUCACUUCGCGAAUGGCGAAAGCUAGAUUGGCUCUGAAAGCUACGCACGAACCACCCGGCCUGCUCGAAGUUCUGAAUAAAAUCAGCGAGAAACUGGAAUGGAUGCAACGAUCUUUGGAACAAUAUCUCGAGACGAAGCGACACGUGUUUCCUAGAUUUUAUUUUAUUUCUAACGACGAUCUCUUGGAGAUACUGGCCAACGCGAGAAGGCCGGAACUGAUACAGCCUCACAUCAAGAAGCUGUUCGAGAAUAUCAAAUCUCUGAAUUUGAGCAAGACUGCAGCUGGGAAAAACCUAGCCGUGGGGAUGUUCUCCAAUGAGGGAGAGUACGUGGACUUCAGUCAACUGGUGCAGCUCGAGGGACAAGUUGAAAAAUGGCUGUGCAACAUUGAAACCGCGAUGAGAGACAGUCUGCGCGAGGUGCUGCGACUGUGUCGAACCGCCCUUCGAAAAAUGACCGCGAAACGCGACAGGUGGGUGAAAGAGUGGCCCAGCCAACCAGGAAUUACGUCCACUCAGAUACAGUGGACGGCAGACUGCACCCGCACCCUCCUGCACUGCAAGUUGGUAGAUACGAGGAGGCCAUUGAAGAAGCUGAGAAAGCGACAGAAUCAGGCGUUGAACAAGUACUCGGAGGCGAUCAGAGGCGACUUGACUCGAUUAGAUCGAUUGAAGUUCAAGGCCAUCGUGGUGAUCGAGAUACACGCGCGAGACGUCAUCGAGACGAUGUAUCGAGCAAACUGUAAAGACGUGUCAGCCUUCGAGUGGCUGUCGCAGCUGCGGUUUUACUGGGACAAAGACAUCGACGACUGUAUUGUCUGGCAAACGAAUACGUAUUUCGUGUACGGGUACGAGUACCUGGGAAAUACUGGUCGUUUAGUGAUUACGCCUCUCACGGAUCGAUGCUACAUAACGCUGACCACAGCCCUACACCUUUAUCGGGGAGGCAGUCCCAAGGGACCAGCUGGUACAGGGAAAACCGAGACGGUAAAGGAUCUCGGGAAGGCCUUGGGCUUCAACGUGAUCGUCCAGAACUGUUCCGAGGGACUCGAUUACAAGAGCAUGGGGAAAUUGUUCUCUGGAUUGUCGCAGACUGGCGCAUGGGGCUGUUUCGACGAAUUUAAUCGAAUCAACAUCGAGGUACUAUCGGUGGUGGCGCAACAGAUACUGUCGAUCCUCACCGCUCUCUCGCAAAAGCUCACCAGAUUCGUGUUCGAGGGUUGCGAAAUCUCUCUGGUGCACACCUGCGGCAUCUUCAUCACGAUGAAUCCCGGCUACGCAGGCCGUACCGAACUUCCGGACAAUCUGAAAUCCAUGUUCAGGCCAAUCUCGAUGAUGGUGCCGGACAGUAGCAUGAUCGCCGAGAUCAAUUUGUUCGGCGAGGGAUUUGGGAACACCCGUGUUCUCGCAAGAAAGGUGUUCACUUUGUACACGUUAGCUCAGCAACAGCUCAGCAAACAGUAUCACUAUGAUUUUGGGUUGAGAGGUAUAGUCACGUUGACUAGAUACGCUGGAAAGAAGAAGAGACUUUAUCCUGAUCUACCUGAUGAAGAGGUGAUCAUCCUCGCAAUGAAAGAUAUGAACAUCGCAAAACUCACCUCGGACGACCUGCCGUUGUUCCUCGGUAUCACCAGCGACCUCUUUCCGGACGUGGAAGUGCCGACGGUGGAUUACGAUGAAAUUAUCAGCUACAUAACCAAGGAGACGAUCAGGUUAAAGCUGCAGCCAAUUCCGAUGAUAGUGACGAAAGUGAUCGAACUGUACGAGACGAAGAAUUCGAGGCACUCGUCGAUGAUCGUCGGCGAAUCGAACACGGCGAAAACAGCCACGUGGAAGGUGUUGCAGGCCACGAUGAACAGCAUGAGGAGCGACAAGAAAGCUGGCUUCAAUUUCGUUUACGUGUACCCCAUUAAUCCGAAAGCGUUGAGCCUUGGUGAACUUUAUGGGGAGUACAAUCUUUCUACCGGAGAAUGGCAUGACGGAGUCAUAUCGUCGAUCAUGCGGAAAACCUGUUCCGAGGAAAGCCCUGACGAGAAAUGGAUUCUCUUUGACGGACCCGUGGACGCGGACUGGAUCGAAAAUAUGAACAGCGUAAUGGACGAUAACAAACUUUUGACGCUAAUAAAUAACGACCGAAUCACCAUGCCGGAUCAAGUGUCCUUAUUAUUCGAAGUUCAGGACCUCGCCGUCGCUUCACCAGCCACGGUUUCCCGUGCAGGCAUGGUGUACAACGACUACAAGGACCUCGGCUGGAGACCAUACGUGUAUUGUUGGCUGCAGAAAUACCAGAACAAAGCAGAAUACGUAGAAGAGAUGAGAAAACUGUUCGAGGAAUACGUGGAUCCCACUCUCGAGUUCAAACGAUUGAAAUGCGAAGAAUUGAUCCCAGUACCUCAAUUGAAUGCUGUUCAAUCUCUCUGCAAGCUUCUCGAAGUGCUAGCAACCAGUCAAAAUGGCGUUGAAUUCGUGGGAGACAGAGACGUGUUCAACAGCAUCUGCAAGCUGUGGUUCUUCUUCUGCAUGUUGUGGUCGCUGUGUGGAUCAGUCAACGAAGAGGGUCGAUUCAGGGUGGACGGCUACAUGAGGGAGAUCGAGGGUUCUUACCCUCUUCGUGACACCGUCUACGAAUAUUUCGUAGACUCCCGUUUGCGCACGUUCGUUUCAUGGGAAGAGAAAUUGCCGCAAGUUUGGAAAAUUCAACCUGGCACCCCGUUUUAUAAAAUAAUCGUGCCAACGGUGGACACGGUUCGUUACGAAUUCAUCGUGAACUCCUUGCUGAGAAACGAAUUCCCCGUCAUGGUGGUGGGUCCUGUAGGCACAGGGAAGACGUCGGUGUUGCAAUCGGUUCUCGAUUCUUUAAACAUGGAGAAGUAUAGCGUGCUCACGCUGAACAUGUCUGCUCAGACUACCUCGAAGAACGUGCAGGACACGGUCGAAAGCAGGAUGGAGAAACGUAUGAAAGGGGUGUACAUCCCCAUAGGCGGUAAAAUCUUGAUCGCGUUCAUGGAUGACUUCAAUAUGCCCAUGAAAGAAAUUUAUGGGUCACAACCGCCUUUAGAACUGAUUCGACAAUUGAUAGGAUACGGAUUCUGGUACGAUCGUGAGAAGCAAAUCAGGAAAUACUUGCAAAGGGUGCAGCUGAUGGCAGCGAUGGGUCCCCCCGGCGGUGGUCGCAACGUUAUCACCAAUCGAUUGCUCACGAAGUUCAAUGUUAUCAAUAUGACGUUCCCUGUCGAGAAGCAAAUCAUAAGAAUCUAUGGCACAAUGUUGGAACAACAUAUCGGAGAAUUUCACGCUGAAGUCAAAGGGAUUUCAAACGAAAUAACUCAGUCUACCAUUGGCAUGUACAAUAAAGUAAUUCACACGAUGUUACCUACACCAGCGAAGAUGCAUUAUUUAUUCAAUCUGAGGGACAUCUCGAAGGUAUUUCAAGGACUACUUCGAAGUCACAAAGAUUACCAGUAUUCCAGACAAACCUUCCUUCGUCUAUGGGUACACGAGGCGUUCCGAGUAUUCUGCGAUCGACUGAUCGGCGAAAAAGAUAGAGAGUGGUUCGUCGAGCAAAUCAAUGAUCAACUUGGAAAGCACUUCGAGCUAACCUUCCACAACAUCUGCCCUGAGAAAAGAAGCCCUGUGUUUGGCAGUUUUAUGAACGCCUGGGACAUAUACGAGGACCUCACCGAUCUGGCCGCCGUGAGGACUCACAUAGAAAAGCAAAUGGACGAUUAUAACGCAUCGACGGGCGUGGUUCGCCUGAACCUAAUUCUGUUUCGCGAUGCGAUCGAGCACAUUUGUCGUAUCGUUCGCGUGAUAUCUCAGCCCCGAGGUAAUAUGUUGCUGGUAGGCGUUGGUGGAAGCGGAAGACAAUCGUUAUCUCGCAUCUCCAGCUACAUGUGCGAGUUAGGCAUCUUUCAAAUUUCCAUCACGAAACAGUAUAGACUAGCGGAGUUUCGCGAGGACUUGAAAACGCUGUACAUGAGGACCGGAGUGGACGGGAAACCCUGCACGUUCCUUUUCAACGACACGCAAGUGGUGGAGGAACAGAUGCUGGAAAUCGUUAACAACAUGCUGAGCACGGGAGAAGUAACCAAUUUGUACAAGUCUGACGAGAUGGAAGACAUUAAAAGAAAACUGAUGAAGGAGGCAACGAAGGCUGGACGUGUACCAACAACGGAAGCGAUCUAUUCGCUGUUGAUCGAGCGGGCGCGUGCCAAUAUGCAUUUGGUCCUGUGCAUGAGCCCGAUCGGGGACGCGUUCAGGAACAGAUUACGGCAGUACCCGGCCCUGAUCAACUGUACGACCAUCGAUUGGUUCCUGGAAUGGCCGAGGGAAGCUCUCCUCGAAGUUGGCAACAAGUUCCUCAUGAAUCUCAAUCUGACGCUCACUAUCACCGGCGAAAAUAAAGUGGAACCUCGACAAUCCGCCAGCGCGCUGCCGUUGCUGCCUCUUCAGGAACGAAUGCGCGACGGAAUCGCGGCGACUUUUUCUUUGAUACACGAAACCGUGUCGCGGUAUUCUGGCAAAAUGAUCGCGGAGUUGAAACGAUACAAUUAUGUCACACCCACCAAUUUCCUGGAAUUGGUCGCAGGUUACAAAACAAUGUUGGAGGAGAAAAGGCUGGAUUUGGCGAGCCAGGCGAACAAACUUCGCAACGGUCUCUCCAAGAUCGACGACACUCGUGUUAAAGUGAACGAAAUGGCUGCGGAGCUGGAAAUCACACAGGAACAGGUUCAUAAAUCUACCAGAGAAUGCGAGGAGUUCCUCGUAACGAUAGUGAACCAAACACGAGACGCUGACGAGGCACAGAAAACUGUAGCCGCGAGAUCACUUCGGAUAGGAGAGGAACAAAAAGAAUGUAAAAAGCUCGAAGAACUCGCCAGAGCUGACCUCGCCACUGUCGAGCCUGCCUUAAACGAGGCCAUGAAGGCCCUGGAUGCGCUCAGCAAGAAGGACAUCUCGGAGAUAAGGUCUUUCACGCGUCCGCCGCCGAAAGUCGAGAUGGUAAUGGAGGCGGUGAUGAUCCUGAAGAACUCGGAACCGAGUUGGGCGGAGUCGAAGCGACAACUCGCCGACGUGAACUUCCUGAACUCGCUACGCUACUUCGACAAAGACCACAUAUCCGAUCGGACGCUCAGAGCCAUUUCCAGAUACACGUCGAACCCGGAGUUCGAGCCGGAGAAGGUCGGCGUGGUGUCGUUCGCCGCGAAAUCGUUGUGCAUGUGGGUCAUAGCCAUGGAGAAAUACGGCAAGCUGUACAGGAUCGUUGCACCCAAGAGAGAGAAGCUGGAGGCUGCGCUGGAGUCUCUCAGGCAGAAAGAAGCUGCGCUUCAGGAAGCGAUGCAGCAGUUGCAAAAGUUACGGGAGAAGCUGGAGCAACUACAGCAGAUGUAUGACUCGAAGAUGAGCGAAAAGGACGAGUUAAUUAAACUGGCGGAACUGUUAAAAUUGAAGCUAGAGAGAGCCGGAAUGUUGGUGGACGGUCUUUCGGGCGAACGAAUUCGAUGGGAAAACACGGUCGCGUCGUUGACCACGUUUUUCGAUUGGUUACCAGGUGACUGCUUAAUAUCCACAGCGUUCGUGUCCUAUUUGGGCCCGUUCGUUUCCAAUUACAGGGAAGAGCUGAUAACCAUGUGGAUGAAGGAGGUGGAGAACAAAGAAAUUCCGACUUCUCCGGACCUGAACGUGAUAGAGUUUCUGGCCGAUCCGGCGGUCAUCAGGGACUGGAACAUGCUUGGUUUGCCAUCCGACGAUUUCAGCACCGAAAACGGCAUCAUCGUUACCAAAGGGACCCGAUGGCCCCUGGUGAUCGAUCCACAGUGUCAGGCAGUGAAGUGGAUCAAGAAUAUGGAGGCCAAAAACUCCCUGAGGGAGAUCGAUUUUGGUCAAGCGGACUUUGCUAGAGUGUUAGAACACGCCAUUCAAUUCGGUAUACCUGUCCUACUGGAAAACGUGGGAGAGACGAUCGAUCCGACUAUAAAUCCCAUCCUCGAAAAGGCCUUCCUAAAAGUCGGUAAUCAGGUGAUGAUCAAGUUCAACGAAAAGAUGAUCUCGUACAACGACAAGUUCCGGUUGUUCAUGACGACGAAACUCCCGAACCCCCAUUACGCCCCGGAGAUAUCUACUAAAACAACGUUAUGCAACUUCGCCAUUAAGGAACAGGGCUUGGAAGCUCAGCUGCUGGGAAUCGUAGUCAGGAAAGAGAAGCCGCAGCUCGAGGAACAGAAGGAUAAUCUAGUGUACACGAUAGCGUCCAAUAAACGAACUCUCAAAGAGCUGGAGGACAAGAUACUCUAUCUACUGAACGUGGCCGGAGACAGUCUGUUAGACGACCUGGAUUUACUGAGCGCCUUGCAAUCGUCGAAAGCGACCUCUACCUCGAUCGCGGAAUCGUUGGUGGUUUCCGAGCAGACGGAGAAGGAGAUAGAUAUGGCUCGAGAGGAGUACAGACCGUGUGCCCAACGCGCCGCGAUCCUCUUCUUCGUGCUGAACGACAUGAGCCUUAUCGAUCCGAUGUACCAGUUCUCUCUGGACGCAUACAUUACCUUGUUUAUGCUGUCGAUCGACAAGAGUCCGAAGAGUUUGAAACUCACCGAGAGAAUCGACAGUCUGAACGAGUAUCACACUUACGCGUUGUACAAAAACACCUGUCGUGGUCUGUUCGAGAAACACAAGCUGUUGUUCUCCUUCAACAUGUGCAUCAAGAUAUUAGACGCCCAGAAUAAAGUGAUUCCAGCUGAAUACGCGUUCCUGCUUCGUGGUGGAAUUGUCCUGGACCGGGAAAGUCAGCCUGACAAGCCGGCAACUUGGUUGCCGGAUGAAACUUGGGACAAUAUCACCGAGCUGGACAAGUUGCCGGGAUUUCACGGGAUCGUGUCGUCCUUCGAACAAUUCCCGCGCGAAUGGAACACUUGGUACAUCAACACGGAACCAGAGAACGUACCGCUAAUAGGGGACUGGGAAUCGAGCUGCAACGUGUUCCAAAAAAUGCUGGUGAUACGAAGCUGUCGACCAGACAGGAUCUCCUUCUGCAUCGCGAACUACAUCGUAUUGAAUCUUGGUCAGAGGUUCGUGGAACCCCCUGUGCUUGACCUGAAGGCGGUGCUCGACGAUUCCGUGGCCCAAACUCCGCUCAUAUUCGUUCUAUCGCCCGGCGUGGACCCUACGAGCACUCUGAUGCAACUGGUCGACAACCAAGAAAUGACCAAUCACUUCAUGACUCUGUCCCUUGGUCAGGGACAAUCGCCCAUAGCGACGAGAAUGAUUGAACUGGGAGCAAAAGAAGGUGCCUGGGUAUUUCUAGCAAACUGCCACUUAUCCCUCAGCUGGAUGCCAAAGCUGGACAAAAUCGUGGAAACCCUCGGGUCCAGUAAAACCUUGCACCCUGAAUUCAGAUUGUGGCUUAGCUCGAGUCCUACUCCCCAGUUUCCCAUAUCGAUCCUUCAAGCCGGGAUAAAGAUGACCACCGAGCCUCCCAAAGGUUUGAAAGCAAACAUGAAACGGCUUUACGGUUUAAUAACCGAGGGCCAGUUCGAACUGUGCCAAGCAAAGUCCAAGUACAAGAAGCUUCUCUUUGCUCUGAUAUUCUUCCAUGCCAUCCUUCUGGAACGCAAGAAGUUUCAACAAUUGGGAUGGAACGUCAUCUACAGUUUCAAUGAUUCCGACUUUGUGGUAUCCGAGAACCUCCUGCAGGUGUAUCUCGACGAAUACCCAGUGACCCCAUGGGAAUCCCUCAAGUACCUCAUAGCUGGUGUUUGCUACGGUGGUCACGUGACGGAUGAUUGGGAUCGUCGGUUGUUGAUGACGUACGUCCAACAAUAUUUCAACGACGAUGCCCUGGAAGUGACCAACUAUCGUUUGUCGUCAUUGCCAACCUAUUACAUACCGAGAGACGGAUCAUUAGAAUCCUAUCGUGAUUUCGUCUCGAUGUUACCGAACGUGGACAAGCCCGAGGCAUUCGGUCAACAUCCGAACGCGGACAUCACUUGUUUGAUCAUGGAAAACAGGCAGAUGUUCGAGACCCUGAUGAGUCUUCAAGUUCAAGCGGUCAGCAGCGAAGUCGUCAGCAAGGAGGAACUGGUAACGCAGCUAACCGCGGACAUACUGUCGAAGAUACCCGGCGAUAUCGAUUACGAGACAGCUGUAAAGAUGAUAGGAGCAAAGAAGACGCCGUUGGACGUCGUACUGCUUCAGGAGAUCCAACGUUACAAUAUCCUCCUACGGAAAACUCGUAACAGUUUGAAGGAACUUCAGCAAGCCAUUAAAGGUCUGGUCCUAAUGUCCCCGGAUCUGGAGGAGAUCUUUACAUGCGUCCACGAGGGAAGAGUCCCCUCCGUUUGGUUGAUAGCGUACCCGUCCUUGAAGUUGCUCGGUCCUUGGACGAGGGAUUUGGUCAACCGUAUAGAGCACUUUGGCGAAUGGGCACAAACUACUCAUCCACCGUUGCUGUUCUGGCUGGCUGCUUUUACAUUCCCCACAGGUUUCCUUACCGCGGUACUCCAGACAUCUGCCAGGCUCUGGAACGUGUCCAUUGAUUCCCUGUCCUGGGAGUUCAGCGUUUUUACCGUAGAUGACUCGACCAUCAUCGAACCACCGCAGGACGGCGUGUACAUACGCUCCAUCUUUCUGGAAGGCGCUGGAUGGGACAAGAGAAACAGUGUCCUCGUCGAGCCAGCCCCGAUGCAACUUGUUUGCGACAUGCCGGUGAUUUACUUCCGGCCCACGGAGCAGCUGAAAAAGCGAACCAGAGGACUCUACAAUUGCCCCUGCUACUAUUAUCCCGAAAGAUGCGGCGGUCAAGGACGGCCGUCUUUCGUCGUGGCGGUCGAUUUGAACGCUGGACCUAUGGGAUCGGACUUCUGGAUAAAGAGGGGAACCGCUCUUCUACUCAGUCUCUCUACCUAGUUUCUUGUCGAUGGUUUUUU